CGAGACCACGACCAACAAGACAAGAAAAUCCCCGGCUGCAGUCUGCACAACCAGCGACCCGCGUCAGGCAGCUAGAGAUGCCGCUCCUACGCCUCUCCGCCGCCGUCUCCGGCGGCCUCCGCCGCUCUUUCACCACCGCUGCCUCGCACCCCCCGUGGAGCAUGAUGACCCGCCUCGCCCCGGCCGACCCCGGAGCGCAGAGCGCGUACGUGCGCCUCGCCCAGCCGCCGCGCGCCUCCGACCUGUGCGUCCCGAUGCACCUCGUCAAGACCGCCCCCCUCCCAGGCCCCAGCAGCAACCUCGCACAGCACGUCGUCGGCGAGGUCUGCGCCUCGAGCGGCGACGGCCUCCUCUUCCUCCUCUUCUCGGACCUGCGCUUCGUCAAGGAGGGCGCCCGCGAGCACUGGGCCGAGGCGUUCGCCCGCCGCCGCAUCGGCCGGUACGACCUCACCCGCUUCCCCGACAUCACGCGCUUCGUCCUCAACCCUCUCACGCGCCAGCUCUCCCGCCUCCCGGACAUCGCCUGCAACCCCGCGGAGAAGAUGGUGUUCGGCCGCUUCAUGGGCCUGCUCACCCAGGCCGAUCGCGGCCACGGGCCGCCUGACAGGUUCGCCGUCGCCGUGCCGGAGGAAGGGAACCUCAACCUCAUGCUCCGGUUCCUCUCCGAAAGAGACGAGUGGGAGAACGUCGUGGUCUCGCCCUCGCCCUCGCCAUGCCAACCCCCGUCUUCUGCGCGCCAGAUGGUGGUAAACCAGGAGACGCUGUCGUUCGGCGGCCGCCUCUGGUUUGUCGACGUGACCUGGGGCGUGGCCUCCGCCGACCCGUUCUGCGAUCCGCCGGAGCUCUCCUUCACCGAGCUGCCGAGGGGCAGCGUGCUGCCAGAUGGCGCACAGCACUCUAAGGACGUGCCGUGGAACCAGGCGCCCGGUAGGUUCCGGCGGGUGGGCGUCAGCGAGGGGCGGCUGCGGUAUGUCGAAGUCUCUCGAAAGGAACCAUUCGUGCUCAGUUCCUUUGUGCUCGAUGACGACGAUGAGGAAUGCACCGGCUGGACGCUGGAGCACCGGCUGGCGCUCACCAGGCUCUGGGCGGAUCGAGGCUACCCAUGGCUACCACUAAAGGAGGGGAGGGCGCCACAAGUUGGCCUUCUCGACCCACUCAACAGCACUGUCGUGUACCUCACGGUUGAUCAACACCUUAUCGUCCUGGACAUGAACAUGAAGGAGGUGAUUGGGCCUUCUCUGUAUACAGGCAACUCCGACAGUAUACCAUGUGUUCUUCCACCGUGGCUUGGAUCGAGCCGGAUACCUUCUGCAGGCAAGAAGGACACUGCAAAAAACAAGACUUAUGGCAGACGUUCUGGUUUGCUCAGACAUCCCAUAGAAGAGACAAAGGUUUGUCAAAACUAACAGAUGCUGGUCUCUAAUCAAUCAGGAAGUCGAUCGUGGUAGCUUACUGAACUCUCAUAUUGGAGAAAAUCUGGAGAACUCUUUGUUUGGUGGGAUUUUGCGAUUUACGUACUUUAUCUCGUUUUGAGGGGGUAAUGUGGGAAAUUUUCAGACUAUGCAUUCACAGCAGAACAAUCCUGUAUGUUCGAAAUUAAACCAACAUGUAAGGACCAUCACAGGACAUCGUGUACGCUGCGUUUCUAGCUAGCAGGCAAUGUAUUCCUAGGGAAAGAUUGCUGCUUCGACAUGUUUACUCUUGAGAAAUCUUAUUUAUGGAUGUCUGCGUUUGUUA